AUGACCUCCUCCUACCAGCCGCCCGCCACGACGAACCUGGAGGCGCCGGCGCCGGUACCCAAGGUGAAGGCAGCAGCGGUGGUGACGCGAAACCCUCGCUCCCCCAGCGGCCCGCCGUCGCCAGAGAUGGAGGCCACGGCGGAGGCGCUCACGCGGGAGGAGGUGCUGCGCCGGAGGCGGCGCCGCGCCGCUCGGCUCCUUGCCGCGUACCGCCGGCUGUACUGGGCCAUGGCAGAGGAGGUGCGCGCCCGGCACCGGCAGUACGUCUGGGAGCUCGGCUGCAGCCCGCUCGAGGCCGAGCAGCCGGCCGCUGGCCCGGAAGCGAAGCCUGGGCCGGCGGCGGUGCCGAGGCGGAAGAAGUGCGGGGUGACGGGGUGCAAGGUGCGGGCGAUGGCCAUGGCCAAGUACUGCCACUACCACAUCCUCUCCGAUCCCAAUCAGGUACUCUACAAGGGCUGCGGCCACAUCAUGAUCAAGAGUGGUGCCCAGAUUGGGAAAAGUACUCACAACACGCCCAUCCUGAAAGCAUCAGUUCCCUCCCUCUGCAAUGUUCACUUGCAAAGAUCUCAGAAAAAUAUAUCACAAGCUUACAAGAUAGUUGGCUUUAAUCCACCUCCCACCGGUCAAAUCUCCCCAGAUUUCAGUGUCUUGGUUGCCGAAUGUGUCCGUCAGAUCCAGGCUACAAGGAGAGAGUCCCGAAGUGCCACGGCAGGGAAGAAAUAGCCCAAAGAUGGGAAACGUAGCUGAGCUAUUCCUUUAGAUAAGUUUUGUUAUAUAAACUGUAUGAAAAUGUCAGGCACCCUGAGGUUUAUCUCGUAGUGAAUUAGUUAGAAUGGUGUGCGAGUAGAUGGAUGAUUUUUCCUUAGUAGCGACUAGCGAUUAAUCAUUUUUCAAAUGUUCAUAUAUAUAUUCUCUGAACAAAAAGGAACCAGAAGCAUCCUCCAAAAACUUCAGGCCAUACAUUGUAUGUGGUACACUGUUCAAUUAAUAAGAGCUUUUUGGUCCUCUCAAUGGAAUUGUGUGCAGCUAAAUCAACUACUAGCAAUUUCAACCGGUAUUGCAUAAGGACAAUUAAGAAUGAGAUUUUUUUUGAGAGAGAGAGAGAGAUAUAAAUGAAGAAUGAGAUGACCUGGAGAUUCUACUGUAAUCGCCGGACACAUCCUUUUGCUUGGCAAGUGAUCUGCUGUGGCAUGUACCAUUAUCGUGUCUUUUGUUUUCACUUUGGAUGGAAUUAAUUGAUCAGGUGAGAAUAUAUAGCCGCAUCUCU